UUCCAAGGAAAUAUAUAGAGUCGUCAAACAUCUGAGUUGUCACACGGUCAUGCUGGAUUUGUGUCACCCAACCCAGAUGGGGGUGUGAACUGAAGAAGUCUUUGAUGGUCUGCGGAAGUUCAUGAGAAAACUGGCUGGUGAUUAUUGGACAUUAUUGUGCUUCGUUCCGCGGUCUUGCGAGUAUACAUUUUUCAAGAGAGUUACAAGUUGGGAGAUUGACAUUCACUUGUUUAUUCUAAAGUGGACUCGUCAGCAACAAACGAAGGCGAAGCAUUCAUAUAAGGUUGUGAACUUGCCUUUGGAGGACACAGACAGAACGGUUGUCAUCAUGUACUCCAACGAUGAGGAUUACCACCGCAACACUAUUCCUUUGCUUGGAGACAUUCCAGCAAGCACUCCAGUUGCAGAUCGAUCAUCUGGCGAGCAGGCGGGUGACUUAUCAGCACUUGUGCGCAGGGAGAGAAGGCCAAAGAUGUUGGCUGAUAUCGUGGAGAAGAACUUCACGCCCACGAAGUUGAAAAUUGUAGGUAUGGAGCCAAGGGAGAAAUUUGCGUACGAAGGUAUGGAAAGGGAGUCAAAUGCGAUGGUGGAGACAUUGGAGCAUUUUUGUCCUGCGGAUGACGCGGUUGUUUUCCUGGGAAAAGGUCAUGCGGCAUUGAUUUGGGAGUUGUUAAAGAGUCACCGUCAUUGCAUUGUUAUGGAAGGGGAGGGUAUGAAGUUCGAGUUUCUCGUUGAAUUCGUCACCAAGAUGGUCAAGAGUGGAGUUUACUUCGCCAUAUUUGUUAAGCCGCCUCCUCGACAUGAUGAAAAGCGUGAUCUCGUCUACAAAGUCGGCCAAAACAUCGUCAAUAUUUGGGAGUUCCUUUUCGAGACUAAGCCACAAAACAGAGGGGCACGUGCAUAUGUCACCAGAAGGCGAAAAAUGAAAUCACUUCUGAGGGGGUAUCAUAAGGCACCGGCGGAGACGGAAGUUGCAUUUCUAGACUGUUUGGAGAUAAUGUACUUCGACAAACACAUCGGGGCGUUUACAAUCGCAGCUUAUGCAACUUGUUUUGGGGAAGGCUUCGAUGCUGAGGACUCAGAGGAAGAAAGUGAAGAUGGUACUUUGCAAGCGGCUUUGGCAGAUGAGAGGCAAAAUGCUUGUAGCUCGGCUUCGCAAAAGAUGGGUGCGCCGGGCACAUCGUCCGGUUCUGGGGGGGCUUCAAGUAUGGCAGUUACAACGGACCAGUUUCAACGGACCAGUUACAUGGCGGGCAACACAACAACGCUAUCUUCCAACGCAGUUCGGGAUGAUUCGAGGAUGCAGGCAAUGCUCUCCCCAGAGGUUAUGGCAAGUCUGUCAGAACUUGCACAUAGCCCGGCUACUGUUUUGGAAUUGCUACGCUCUCAAACUCCUCAACAACCUCCGUCUGAGCCUUUGGAGUACGAGAUUGAAGACAUCAUCCCUCCGGACAUUGCACGGCUUCCUGGACCUAUUGUGUGCCGAGACGAUUAUACGGUGAUGCCUUACAACGUAUCGGACAAAGCUGGGGAAAGGAAAGGAGCGAGCGGCGAUGAGAGAGGCAAGGGAUCAGAAUCAGGCGGCGGUGCGCUUGGCAAGGGAACAAGAUCAAGCAGUGGUGAACAUGGAAAGGGAUCGGAACCACGAGGCGGUGCUAGUGGCAAGGGCCUGGGACCAAGCAUUAGUGCAAGUGGAAAGCCGAUAAGCCAUGGUGAACUGCAAAAACACAAAAUGUGUCAAGGGUGUCAAGCAACAGAGGGAAAGGUAUCAAGACCAAGCGGCGGUGCACAUGACAAGGGAUCGGGAUCGUCUCUGGGAUCAGGACCAAGCAGCGGUGCACAUUGCAGAGGAUCGGGUUCGCCUCUGGGAUUAGGACCAAGCGGCGGUGCACAUGGCAGGGGAUCGAGAGGCGAUGCAAGUGGCCAGGAUUUGGGAGCAAGCGGCGGUGCAAGCGUCAAAGGCGUAAGUCAUGGAGAACUGUCGAAAUGUGUCGAGGACAUCCUUCCGGAUGACCAAGUUUGGGCGACCACUGUGUUGGCGAGCGAGAGUGUUAAUGCGCAAGUGGAUAAUACGGGUGCACUUGCAGAAUUAGAGAUGCCAUCGUUGGAUAUGCCAGCUGAGAAAGAUGAGCAUGAAGUCUCUCUGGACAUGAAGAAUGAAAGCGCGACUGCAGGUGCAAAGGAAACUGUCAAUGUACAGACCAUCGAAGAGGAUGAAGAACAUAUAGUACUAAGUACACGGGAGCAACAUACGCUUGUACAACCUGAACUUAUGGUUGCAAAAUCAGAAGCACAACAGUCUGUUAACCUCGUGAUAUCUAUCGACGAAUCUCCUUUUACAUCAUCGCAUGGUGCGAUAGAAGGUCAUGUUGAAGACAAAGCGUUAGUGAGCUACCGAGUUCAUGACCCUUCGUUCCAGAUUCCUUUAGCAACAAAACGCCUCACCGUAGAAGAAAAGGAGUAUCUUGACAUGAUUACAGGCAGCAGCGAAGACAAUGAAGCAUACGGCAUUGUCGAUUACAAGGGAAGCUGGAAGGUGGGAAAGGAAGACAUCAUGGUCGUCGUCGAUGAUGGGAAAUGGCUAAAUGACGAAGUCGUCAAUUUGUACCUGCUAGCCAUCCAGAUCACCAAUGACCACAUCAAGGUUGAUUCGGCAUGUUUUGCAUCUUUGCUUGCAAGAGGUCACUUCCCUCCAUUUGCUUUUUCACAAGCCAAUAUUUCUGAUAUGAGGCUUAGAAUAGCAUUUGACAUUUUGUCCAUGGUUAGAUAGGAAAGUCAAUGAGGUGUGACCAAAGCUACAGUCCGUAGUUAAUAUUUUGUUGAUGAGAUUGACAUGUUUACUGAG